AUGGUAAUACCAAAGAAACAAAAUGCUUUGCCGGGUAUUUGGACAUCAGAUAUCUCUCAAAGCUUCUAUGGGAAUGUUAACACGCUCUCUAAGAAACUUAAGCCAAAUCAGAGUCCUCGAGCCCCAAAAAAUUACCGGCAGGGUGCCCCGAGGGCGAAGGAAAAGAAGAAAUAUUUACUGUCUUAUGAAGAGGAACUCCAUAUAGCAGACCAUGUCGCAUUCCUCGCUCAUGCAGAAGAAGGCGUUGAAUUUGUCUCUGCUGUGGUUCUAGAGGAGAUGAGCGACCCCCCGGGUUUCACAUUCCGGCUUGCAUCGAACCAUACGCCUCGUCUUACUGUUGUCAAUGGAAUCGAAAGAAUACUCGGGAUCGUGCGAGACCAUGCCAAGGCAGCUAUGCAACAGUACCAGUCCCAGCUUUUCGAAGAGAUUAUCUCCUUUAGCGAGAAGCGUAUUUACGGUCGCAUGAGGACCCAUCAUUGGGUAAAGCCUGAUCACUUCGGGAAAGGGGGGUCAAGUCUCCCACCGCUAUACGUAAGGAUAGACAGGAUAUUAGAGGGUAUUUGGGGACCUGAUGGACAGAAACUCGCCGAAUUUGCGUCGCUCCGAGCAUCAAUCAUCGCCCUACGAGAUGCCCUCGAGAAAGUCGACCAAGAACAUGCUAGAGAUUCGACCAACCUUCUCAAAAAUGCUAUUCUCAAGAGCUACGACGUAUCCAAUCAAGGAUCAUCCAAAUCUCUCGCGACUCAUUUGCAAAUCAUGGGUCUCAAAGCGCGGAUCUACGCCAGUCGAGAAGUGGCUGAAAUCGACAAGCUUAGUAAAUACUGGGGCAUUUGCAAAGACCUCAUAAGACUCAGUCGCCAACCGGAGACUAGGUCCCAUUGCCAAAACUUGAAACUAGAAAUAUGCGACGCUUACCCAGCAAGUCAGCCACCCGGCGCAGCUGACUUGUGCUUUGUACAUGGAGAGGUCCAGUUAAUACUCUUCUACGAAAAAUACGGGAACGACUUGCCGCCGCGUGCCAUCGGCUCCAGCAAAUCCGCAUGCUUCCUAUGUGAUCUUUUCAUCAAAUAUCAUGGCCAAUUCGGCAUCUCGCAUUCCCACAUGAAGCUAUAUCCCAAAUGGACUAUUCCAGACAAUAGUGCAUGGAUGAGCCAGCACCCUCAGCAACGGACAAAGUUUCGAGCGGUUAUUCGUUCUAUGGAGAAUGAAAUAGUUGGGUUGUUGGGGAAGAAUGUCUAUCAUCAAAAUGUCGCCAUGGAGAGUCGAGCUCAUGUGCUAAUGCUGGAGAGAUCGAGUAUUGCAGCGUCAACUUCAACUUCAGUGGCCACUACCAUGUCAGAUGUACAGCAAAUACCGAGGCCUCUGGCGGUACGUAUAAGCAGCAGCGCCUCAUCUUCGUCUUCAACAACCGUACAGCUCAAUAGAAACCCCACAGCCCCCAAUCCCUCUACUUACCAGCUCGAGGACCUGCCAGUCACUAUUGACAUUUCCCCUGCGACGAAGUCCUGCGAACUUACAGCUGGAAUCGUCUCGUACUUCUUCGACUUUGAGGAUAUCGCUACUACUGGUGGUAUGCUUUACAUUGCCGAUAAUCCACGCCAGCAUCGGGAGGAGAAGAGGGUGAGUGUAAAUACUACUGGGUUAUCGUUCGAUUCUUCUGUUUGCAUUCAAGCUGAGCCAGAUUCGAGGCUUCUGACCUUUGUUGUUCAUGCUGAUGGGCAGCAUGAGCUUGGAGUUUCUGUCACUUGGCACGGGCUGUGA